AGCGCUACUGGACUCCAACAGCUAGCUGGCUAGGGCGUUGCUAGCGGCAGAGAGUGGGAUUUUUGGUACCUUUGCGAAAGUUAUAAUCUUUUAUAAAUAACCACUUGCGUUGGAAAAAGCAACGUUUGAUGUUCGCUGAAAGUUUUAACCGCCUGGUUGGGUUUGUGUCGUUGUUUACAAAGGACUUGUGUGACUUUCUGUCCCGUUAGCUGGCACAUAGCUAGCCUGCUUCCAUCCACGGGAAUUCUGCUGAGAAACGACUGAAUUCUGGAAACAUGGAGUCAAGGACCGCUGCGCUGUGCUAGCCGACUUCACUGGACUUUCUUUCCCCAAGGAGACUUUUUGAAGGACAAAAUACGGAGACAUAUCGCUUACCAGUUAAUAUUCAUGCCGCGCUGUUAAUAUAUUUUUCAGUCGUUAGCCGGCUCAUUGUUGUGAACGGGAGUUUGCUUAGUUUGCACUCGAAACAAGAGCGUACGAGGCAAAGUUUUUUUUUGCUGAAAGAGCUCAGCUCAUCUGUUUUGUUAGCUGGUAGCAGGCGAGAUUCAACUCCAGCCAGCUUUCCGUGAGAAAGCAUUUUCUUAAAAAGCCAUCCUGCUUUUUGAAAAUAUACCAUUUUACCAAUUUUCUUUUUGAAUCUAACGUUUUACACCGGUGUAACAUUAGCUGCAGUUGUUGCUAAUUUGUAACACGGGUCGUUUAAACUCGGUAUUGAGCGAUUCUCAUGGUCACGGGAGAGUCUUCCCUACAGCCACAUACAGGCAUUUCUUGGAGCAGGGAAUACCAAAUGGGACUGGAGGAAUUUCCAUCAUCUUCAAAGAUCAUUUAGGAACCAAUCUUCAGCCGAGCUGGGGUGGUGGCAGACGGACUACAUCGCAGGGCCAAGGGGUCUGUUGUAUUGGAAUACAUAUUGUUUACACAUUUCGUAUCGACGGACAACUGGCAUGUGAAUGCAAGGGAUUCAUACAAGGAAGUUUAUACAUGCACGACAACUUGUGCCAGCUGACGCAGUAUAUUCAUUCUUGUUGCCAAAAUAUUGUUUCUAGCCGGGGAAGGAUAUCAUCCGACUGCCCAGCUAAUACGACAGAGGCCCCGAUUAAUUUGUUAAGGGCUGCACUGUAGAUUCCUCGCUAUUCAGUGUUUGGCAACAGGCAUUUGCUAACACAUAGCAUUUAAGCAGUAUUUGUGUUUUCUCAAGUGUUUGGACGUGCUUUGCAACAGCAGUCAACAGUGUCCUACAAGUAAUCUUUACUCAACGUUCUGAAAACCCUUGCCUACUUCAGACGAAUGCCAGAGAAGGACGCUCCAGGAAAUCGCCUCAUCACACUCUGGAAAAUGUUAAUCGGAUAUAAUUUUCUGCAAAUCUAGAACCGGAAGCCCAAUGAGUGACACACAGUCCAGCUUCACUGACAGGUUUCCCAAGAAAGCAAACAGAACCAGCAGCAUUCUCAGUAAAGACCACCCCCCGGACAAGAAACCCAAAAGUGACAAAACCUCACUUCCCUCCAAUGAGUUUGACCCUACAGGUCUGGUCCAGCGAUGUGUUAUCAUCCAGAAAAAUGAAAAUGGCUUUGGGCUCACUGUCAGCGGUGACAACCCAGUGUUUGUGCAGCUUGUCAAAGAAGAUGGGGCUGCUAUGCAGGCAGGUGUUCAGACAGGAGACAGGAUCAUCAAGGUUAACGGGACCCUUGUUACGCAUUCUAAUCACAUAGAGGUGGUGAAGCUAAUCAAAUCCGGCUCCUAUGUGGCCCUCACAGUAUUGGGGCGUCCUCCGGGGCUCGCCCAGAUCCCCUUGUCUGAAGCAGAGUCUGAAAUGCUGGGCGUUAGUAUUUCCUCUCCAAACUCCCCAGCAACAGAACGCCCCUAUAGUCCUCUGAACCGACUCUCCACCUCUCAGUCACCAUGGGAUGAAAAUAGCAGCAUCUGCAACCAGAAGCUUGACAUGCUGCAAAGGAUGCCCUCUAAAGAGCAACAGGAGCUGCAGGCCAUGAAGGAGGAGUACAGCAGGAACCCCUCCCACAAACUACUGAAAGACAUCCAGGAAGUUAAGAAGCACAUUCCUCAGCUGCAGAGUCAGAUCUUCAAGGCCAGUGGGGCAACACAGGAGGCUGUUCCAGGUGGUGAUGCUGAUGAUGAGACGGAGCACACCCCCGCCUCUAAGGGAGACAACAGUACAGACCUGUCCUGGAGCAGCUCUCCUAUAUCUCGCAUUUUUGGGCCUGGAUCUCCAGAGUGUCUCUACCCAAGAGAGUCAUCCUGCCCCAGCCCUAAGAGCACACCCAGGAACAGCUUCAACUCCUACCACUGUCCGGAGGCAGAGGACACCACUGACCUGGACUCUCUGUCUCCUACCACAGUCAGCAGUCCCACUUCCUCUCGCCUUGUUUCGCAAAUCAUUGGAGCUGAGGACGACUAUUUUGAUUCAGACCAGGAGCAGACGAACGGCCAGUGUAACAGCUUUAACAACAUCGAGCAGCUCAAGUCUCGUCCCGCCCACCUCGCAGCGUUCCUUCACCACGUCUUCUCUCAGUUCGACCCUGCUCCUGUGCUGUGCUACCUCUAUGCUGACUUCUACAAGCAGACCAACUCCAAAGAGACCAGACGGGUGUUCAUGGACCUCCACACCUUCUUCAUAGACCGUGGAGCUAAUUUGAAGGUCGCUGUUCCUGAAUCCAUCUCUACUGAUCUCGACCGGCGGCGGACAGAACUGAUCCCUGAGGAAAUAAACAGACAACAUGUUCAAACGCUGCAGGACUCUCUGCUCCCUGAAAUACAGAAGAACCUUGAGGAUUUCAGGCAGAAGCGCAGUAUGGGUCUCACCGUGGCUGAAGUGGAGCUGGCCCGACUGGACCAAGAGGGAGUCAGAGACCGCGUCACUCUGGAGCGAGAGCGCUCCUACGCAGAGAACAUCAUCACCAAGAUAGAGGAUAUCCUGUUAACUACUCAGAAUACAGAGGAAGAGAAAUGCACUACAAUGCAGUAUGUCAUCUAUACAUACAUGAAGCACCUUGGAGUGAGGGUCAAGGAACCUCGCAGUCUGGAGUCCAAACGGGUCAGGAUCAACUUUCUUCCCAAGAUCAAGAAAAGCAUCAAGACAGAAAAGGAGGGAGAAGAGAAGGUAAAGAAACCCAGAUUUCCCAGUAUCCUUGGACCUCAGCGCCGGCCCAGUCGUGUUGAAGCAGCAUCAGUGGGAAAGGCGUUGGAUGGUCGCCCCCGGCCCCAUAAACAGUUAUCUCAGCCUUCAUUGGGGGCAGCCGACCACAUGGAAGCUUGUCGUCUAAGAAGCAGCCAAUCAAGCGAGGGCUCUGAACUCACACACUCGAUGUCUAUCAACACCUCCUCCCCAAUCAGCGCCACCUAUAGCUCAGACUCGAGCAGAGACACUGAUAUGGGCGGGACUCCGACUUCAGGCCCCCCGAGGCUGAGUGACGGCCUUCAGUCGGACCCUCUUGAUGGGCUGCUGUACCCUGCCUCGCACUUUGAGCUUAACAGCCACGAUCAACUGCAAGAGGACGACAGAGAAAGCGACAGGGCCCACGAGGGAACACCAAAGGCCAUCCGGAGGCUUGAGGGUCUGGUUGCAGCUGACGUUCAGAGCGAGGACGACCAGGGAACGGACUCGGAGCACGACCCUCCGAACUGGCAGCAGCUGGUGGGGCGAGAGGUCCUAGCAGGUCUCAGGCCUCAGGAAAUCAAGAGACAGGAAGUCAUCAAUGAGCUGUUCUAUACAGAGCGUGCGCAUGUAAGGAUGCUGAGAGUUUUGGACCACGUUUUCUACCAGAAGCUCUCCAAAGAGGCCAUCCUGCCUCCUGCGGACAUCAAGAACAUCUUCACUAACCUGGAUGAGAUUUUACAGCUGCAUGCUUCAAUACUGGAGCAAAUGGCAGCUGUUCGGAAGAGAAAUGAGUCUUCGGUAAUUGAUCAGAUAGGAGACGACUUGCUCUCCUGGUUCAGCGGUGGAGAGGAGGAGAAGAUCAAGAAGGCGGUGGGGACAUUCUGCAGCAACCAGCCUUUUGCUCUGGAAAUCAUCAAGACCAAGCAGAAGAAAGACUCGCGCUUUACCUCCUUCGUCCAGGAGGCGGAGAGUAACAGACAGUGUCGCCGACUGCAGCUUAAAGACAUCAUUCCUGUCGAGAUGCAGCGGCUCACCAAGUACCCCCUGCUGCUAGACAACAUCGCCAAGUACACAGACAACACAGUGGAGAAGGACAAAGUGAAGCAGGCGGCAGACUGCUGUAGAAAGAUCCUCAAUCACGUCAACCAGGCUGUGAAGGAAUCUGAGGACAAGCAGAGGUUGGAGGACUAUCAGAGAAGAUUGGACCUCUCCUCUCUGAAGCAGACAGACAACCCCAUGAUCCUUGAGCUAAAGAACUUGGAUUUAACCAAGAGGACCAUGGUGCAUGAGGGGCCGCUGUCCUGGAAAGUGAACAAGGACAAGACUAUUGAGUUGUACACGCUCCUCCUGCAGGACAUUCUGGUCCUGCUGCAGAAGCAAGAUGAGCGGCUGAUCCUGAAGUGUCACUGUAAAAACCUGGCCGGCACCGCAGACACCAAACACAUCUUCAGCCCCAUCAUCAAACUCAACACUGUGCUGGUGCGCUCCGUGGCAACAGACCCCAAGUCCUUCUUCGUUCUAUCCAUGUCAGACAACGGCGCCCAGAUCUACGAGCUGAUGGCGCCCACAGUCUCAGAUCAGAAAACGUGGCAGCGUCUAAUCACCCAGAGAGCUGAUGCCAUGAAAGUCAAACCUCACAGCGUCAUACCGCUACCUCAGACUGAUGGGGAGAGGCAUGGUGUGGAGAUCAUUACAGCGGGGGUUUCUAGGCUGAGUCGAGAUGCAGACCGCACGUCCACCGGCAGCACCCAGUCCACAGAUAAAGAGAGCAGUCCAGCCCCUAGAAGCGUGACGAGUUCUCUACCAGGUAAUAAUCCAUUCGAGGGAGGAAAGGCAGAGGAGGAAGAGGAGGAGGAGGGUUUCGUAGACCCAGAGCUUCCUUACCGAGUGGCUGAAGAUGUCAAAGAAGGAGACUCGUUUAACAUGUUUCCCUCCAGAGCAGACGAAGCCCUGAAAACAUUGGCAGCAUUAAAGCAGGUGUUGGUGACCCAGCUGAUGUCCGAGGAGGCUUUAGAGCAAAGCAAGCGCUCCACGGGCGCUCGUCUCCUCAGGACCACCUCUCUGCGGACCCCCGUGGACAGCCGAGCACGGGUGAUGGUCCACAAUGGCUCAGAGAAGAACAGCUCCCAGACAGAGGACCCCGCUCAGGACCUGGGCUCUGGAGACACGGGCUUCUUUGAUUCUCCUGAAGAUUAUGCAGGGUAUUUAGUUCUGGAGGGGUACGGCGGCCCAGGGGAGAGCAGCACAGACGAUGACAUCUUGGCAUCAAACACAGGGAAGCAGCUGAGAACCUCACAAGGCUGCGCCGCCGACUCGGGCAUCAACUUGAGGUUCUCUUCAGCGUCACAGGCUGGCAGCCUCUCCUCUUUCAGUAGACAGGUCUUGUCUCACCUCAGAAACCUUCAGGCCAACCUCAACUAUCUGAAGGACGUCGAGGCCAAGUACAAUAAUGUAAUACGCCAAAGGCCAGAGAGGUCAGCAGCAGACAUGGAUGGGAACAAAGAUAAGAGAUAGUUGAUGUCUGUACCACAACUUCUGGCUUUGGUCCCAAAGAGGAAGUACCGACUUGUCAGCUCCUACUUCUUGUGUCCUGGACUUUUCUGGACGUCCUAUAAGCUUGUCCUCUCACUGCUGAGCCCCCUGUUUUUUCCAUCGCCAUCGCCCACGGUUGCCACAGAGAACGAGAGACUUGAAGGGUGGAGUUAUCUUUGUGAUGCUGCCCCCCCCCCCCCCCCCCUCCAUCAGCUCAAGGCAAUCAGGAAAGUGGGAUUGCCCCAAAAAACCUCACCCCUCCACCACCUAACACCCAUUUCCCCUGGACCUCCCUGCAAGAAAGAGAACUUAUACCAAAAUGUACAAAGAUGUGUGUUUAGAAUAUAUAUAUAUGAAACACGAAACAAGAAAAGGAAAAUUUUAAGAUAAUGUAUUAAGAUUUUUUUUAUCCCAAGAUGUAUUUAUUUUCUUUCUUUUCAUUUUUUUAAGUGUUUCCCACAUUGCUUGCAUGCUUUUGGCCAUGGUGUUAACCUUUUUUGGCUGCUUUUCCUGCUUCAGUCAUACAGGGCUAGUGUGAGUGUUGGGUGCACGCUAGCAUACAAGCACGCUCGCCUAGCGUACCCCGAUGAACUGGCAGGAAUAUAUUCAGACUGAUAGAGGCCAGAGUUGCACUGGUGAUGAAUAGAUCCCAUUGUGUUAAAGAAAACUCUUGAAUUGUGUUAUAAUCUAGAAUUUCAGAUAGAUUCUAGGCAUGGGCGGCGGGUACUGUAGGCUAGGGAAGGCUAAGCCUUCCCAAGUAUUUUUGUCACUGCAUCCUGGUAAAUAAAUUAAAAUAUAUUAAAAUAUAAUGUAUGUGUCUUUGACAUUAGCGCUGCUAUGCAGCCUCCGAUAUUGCAGGAUCAUACUAUUGACCUGACGGCGUGCAAGUGCCGGCACAGGCAUGUUUGUGUCAAUCCCCUCUGAGAAUGUGUUAAUCCCCUCUGAAAAGUAAAUACUGAUUGAUUAGGACAUAGGAUUGACACUGCAAUUAAUCGCUGUUCACUAAACGUCUCAUUAUGCACGUGUUGCCAAUGGCAACAAUAAACAAUAGCUUUGUUCAGCACUACAGCCUGAUACAACAACAUAAUACUACUGUUCAACUGCUGACAUCUGUAUAGGUGUUUCUGCUCCACAGUAUUUUGUAAAUCCACUAUUUCUGUGGUGAUUACACAGCUACAAUAUUAUUGGACUGUGAUGUUUUGGCCUGUAGACUUAAACACUCUUUGUAUGCAUUUAAUUUAUUCAUUACAAAACCACAGUUAGAUUGUCGUUGGUUAUUGUCGCUAGACUUUGAGCGUGCAUUUCAGUUAUAAAGCGCAUAUAUAUGUGGUGUGUGUAUGCGUAGCCUUCAUAAUAACGUUGUCCUCCGGGCAGCGUCAGGUAAAAAAGUUGGUUAGCCUUCCCAAACCUGAGCCUCACGCGCCGCCUAUGAUUCUAGGUGGUGUUAACUAGAAUGAAGAGUCUGAAGGCUCUGAUCUGGUCCUGUUGCAUUGUCGUGCUGCCUCCUCCUCCUCACUGUGAGGGGUACUUCGCCUCUCGUCUGCUCCUCUUCUCCUCUGCGUGUGAUUCUCCCUCUUCUUUUCCCUGUAUACACUUAUGGGUGUCAUCCUUCUCUUUUUCUUUCUCCCAGCCCAGUAGCUUUCAUGCUUAUUCAUCCCCCCCACACUCUAUAUGUCAUGCUUCCUCAUCUCUUGGGUAUUUCGCCCCGUUCCCUCUUCUUCUACAAGGAGCGCUCAUGCUCUUUCUGCAUCAGCUCAUGACAGAACUGCUGCUUCUUUCCGCUGCUGUCGGCUAGCUAUCUGACUGCCUGAUGUUCUAAUAAUGUCAUGAAGUUCAACAUAUGUACAAUGAUCAAGUCAGAAGGUUAUGCAUAACUUUAAUAAAUAAAUGGUGCCAUGACACAUUCAAAAAGGAAAA